AUGGUCAAAACAGCAACAGCAAUGUGCACAGGGGAUAGAGAACGGGAGGAAUCACUAAAACUAGCCACAAGCAUAGCUAGUUCAGACGGUUACUCGAGAUUGAAAUCUAACACCCAAUCUCGAACUACGAACAACACAGUGAGGAUCCCACGUGAAGGUAGAAUUCCUUUGUGCAUCCCCUUCGUCUCUGACUCCUUAACUGGUGCUAUACACCGGACUCUUUUGCGAGCACAGCUGCAAGAUGAUGUUGUGUUGGUGAACAUCCCAAACGACAGCAUCAAGCGACAGUUAGUUCGCAAUAGAUUCUACGAUAGGCAAUGCGUGUCAGAAUGUUGCGUGGUUUGUCUAUUCGGUAAGGUCGGUGAUUGCACGAACAUCGGAGUUAUUUACCAAAUAGAAUGCCUAACGUGCAACGCCAUUUAUAUUGGAGAAACUGGAAGGAUGCUGAACGUGCGUAUCAAGGAACUGGUAAAAGGCGAGGGAGUUCGAUAA